GGCUUAGAGCAUCGAGCAAUGUCGAUUUCGUCAAUGUGAAGCUCCAGCAGAACUUCCAAUGCAGGCAGCCCAGGCCCAGACACGCCCGCUGCAGCCGACUCCGCAUGGGAACCCUCCGCAUUUCUGCCGCUGCAAUCAGCAGCUGUUGCAGUUGAGACCCGAGUCCUCGACGGACGCGCGGCUCCGGAAGUUGGAAGAGCGGCAGGACUUCUCGGAAACUGCGUUGGCAGCUCUGCAGAUGCAGGUGGAAGAGGGCCUGCGGCGCUGCUCAACUUGCCUUCCACAAGGAGAUGGCGAGGCCCGCGAGGCCCGCGAGGCUGGUGAGCUGGCGCAACAUCGUUCCGGAAACAGGUAUUGCCGCUUCAAUUGCAGUCAACAGCAGAGCCUCAUGGCCACGGUACCGUGCUUACAACCGCCCAUGGCAAACUGGCACAACGACCUGAACAUGACAAGGCCAAAGGUGGUGCACCCGCAGCCCGGCUCCAUGCUGGGUGCAAACCAGGUGCCACCAGCAGUGCCGCUGAUGCUUUCACCAGUACCAGCAGCCAGUUGCAUGCUGACACCGAGAGUGCCUCCAAGUGGGCCACCAAUGCAGCGACCACCAGCAGUCCAGACCGCCUUGAAACCAGACAUGGGAAAUGCCUCAGAUGUUCCACCUUUGCCAACAAGGCCAGUUGUCGGCAUCACUUCAGCCACCAUGGAGGACCGAAACGACCCCCACUUUUGGCAGACCCAGUUGGACACGAGCUUCUCGGUGGCGUCAACAGUGUCUCGCACACCUUUGUCUCCGUCACCAGUGAAGGUCGAAUCGAGCUAUGUGCCUAGGGUGGCGGCAGCAACUUCUCCAGCUGCAGUAAGCACGAGAGCCUCUGUGCCACCCCCUUCUACGACAGCCACGAGCUGUCUGUCAGCACGGGCACCUGCAACUCUGCCUCCGACAAGUCUUGGAAGUCUGGGAAAAACCAUCCAGAUGUCAGAAACCAGGCACGAUGGAACCAGUCAAGUCAAAGCCACUGAACUGCUUAAGACCAAGCUGUCAAGGCUGAUGAUGAACGACAUGGUGGUCGAUCCCUACGAAGGCCUGCGACUUACCCCUAUCAAUGAGCAACCAUUCCAGGCCAUUGCAUCCAUUGCGCGACAAGCACAGCAGAGCCUCGUGGACCGAUUUCUCUCCAGGUUUGAGUGACAGUUUGACAUAGUUACGACAUGUUACGACAUAGUUUGACAGAAAGUUCGGUCCGAGAAAGAGAUGAGUUGGGGCAAGAUGGGGCAAGCACGGUAACCCAACCUUAAGAGCUGCAAGAGGGACAUGUCUGAAGUGUCACUGGAUGUCACUGGACAAAAGGGACCAGAGGUUGAACAGUUCCACAGAAGCGGACUUGCCUUUCUGACUCUUUCUGCCUUGCAAGCAUCAACUUCAUGUGCGAACGUUUGCGACGGUUUUUUUUCCAUCUUGAAGCGGGUGAGUGAUGAGCGUGCAAAGCACACAUCCUUUCUGAGCGGUCGCACGCACGCCGACUGCCGCUUCAUGGUGCAAUCUUGUGCAUCUUAUGCGGCUUCAAUUCUUUGUUCAGUGUGUAACAAC